AUGGCAAGUGAUCGUACCUUGUGCCUUGUGCUCGGCGUGACGCUGUUCAAUCUCCCUGAGCGCGGCCUGCGCCUCUUGAAUCUGUUUUGCCAACGAAGCACCACGUGCUGCAAGUUUAAUAGCAAAAGACCGACGACCAUGACCAUCAGCACCAUCGUCACCACGCGUGAUGCCGCGUGCGAUAAUAGUUACACUUUUGGGUUUGAAGAAGAAGAGCAGAAAGUUUAUUUAAGAGGUGCGUCUGUCCCUGUCCCUUUCUCUCUCUGUCUCUCUCUUUGCUGUCUGUCUCCUUUCUCUUUGCGUCUGUCUCUGUCUGUCUCUCACUGUGUCUCUCUCACUGUGUCUCUCUUUGCGUCUCUUCUCUCUCUCUCUCUGUCUGUCUCUGUCUGUCUGCUCUCUCUCUCUCUCUCUCUCUCUCUCUCUCUCUCUCUCUCUCUCUCUCUCUCUCUCUCUCUCUCCUUAACAUCCUUGGCCAACAAUGCGGUGACAACCCUGGCAGCCAACUCUGCCACAACCCACCCGUCUCCGAAACCCAACCCCACUGCCACUCCGGCAACAAGCGCUAGCGCACAACCCUCUGGCCCCGCCGCCGACCCCCAACCACCCCUGACGACGCAGCCACCCGCCCCUUUGCUCACCAACACACCAGCAGCACAGUCUGAUUCCUUGCACACAUUGGCCUCGCAAGGGCCCUCACACACGAAAGCCGAGACGCCCCAGCCCCCCGGCUCCUCCAACUCCAAUCCAGAGGCACGCCUCAACUUGGAAGGUCGCGUCAAUGUACCAGCCACCAUAAAUCCCUCUCCACAAAAUGAGGCUGCCCCGCCCUCCACCCAAGCCUCGACGGGUGGCCUUAGCCUAGGCGCGGGCCAGAGCCUGAGCACCGCCAAUCCCACCCCUGCCGCCGGCUCCCCUCAUCAAGGUCCCAGUUCACAAACUGCCGGCCAAACGGGUAUGGCAACCGCAACCGCUCCUGACACUGUUGCCGCCACCCAAGCCCCGCCCUCAAGCACCCAAGCCCCGCCCCUAGGUCACCAGGGUGUCAGCAGCACCCUGGGCCAGGGUACAAGCCUCGGUGCAGGCCUCAAUCCGGGCGCCACGGGCCAAAGCAGCCUGGGCCAAGGCACCAGCUUGUCCACACUUCAGGUCCCCUCGACCUUGCCAGCUCAGGACAACACCAAUCCUACAAAGCCUGCCUCUGAUCCUUCCUCUUCAAAUGAGGAUAGCGGUUCAAGCUCAGACUCCUCCAGCAGUAGCUCCUCGGGUUCCUCCAACAAAAACCAGGGUCCACCUGCUGCACCAAAUGCGCCUUCAGCCAGCAACAACGCCGCUGGCACCCCACCGACUGCCACCGUCGUCCCCAUGACAAACACCGCUACCACCACAACAACAACAACAGCUGCCACCGCGGCUACCCAAGGCCCAUCCACCAGCCUGCAAUCAUCCCUGGCCGUCUCCGCCCCGAACAAUGGCCCGAGCCCAACCAGCCAGACCUCAUCACUCGCCGCUGCCACAGCAGCCGUGGACGCCAGACUGCAACAGCUGCGACAGCCCCUCCCUGCUCAACAACAGCUCAGCCCUCUUCAACUCCAACAAUGGCACAUUUUGCAAGCUCAUCGACAACAGCAACAACAAAAGCAACAGCAACAACAAGAAGAGCAGAUUCGUCAGCAGUCACAACAGCCGCCACAACAGCCACCACAACAGCCACCACAACAGCCGCCACAACAGCCACAACAGCAACCCCAGCCACAGCAGCCAGGCGUCGGACCCCAACCCAGUCACGCCCCAGGCUUGGCCAGCUCUGUCGCCGGUCAUCCCGCUGGCACCGGCCUGGAUGCCCCUGAAUCCAACGUUACCCAGGCCCUGAAUCGUCUUCGGCAGUCCUUUGAAGAAGCCAGCAGCAAGCUUGUCGCACACCACAAUCAAACUCGUCGUCAAAUUCAAGAAAUUGAACUCGUGCUUCAGAACUUCGCUGCUCGAGGCAAGACUGCCACGACGGACGAGGAGUGCCUGCGAUUUCAGCAAGCUCACCAGAAACUUCAGGCGCAACUUACCAAAAUUAAUAACAGGUUCUUGCAAUGCCGGCAACAAUACGAGGAUCAACACUCGAUGCUGGUCAAAACCUCGGCAGCUCAGCUGACCAGCAAAAGUUCGCCCGCGCCUUCUGAUGCGGUGGCUCGGCUUCAUCAACAGCGAUCCCUCAUGCAACAGCAACAACAGCGACAACAAGCACCACUGUCGCAACAGUUUGUGCCAUCGUCAUCCGCUCGUGCCCCGCCGACACCUUCCAUGGUGUCUACUCUUGCAGCGCCGGUCGCCGCGAGUACAGGCCCUUCUCUCACUUCGGCUCAGGCCACACAAAUGAAGGAACAGCUUCUCGCACAACAACGCUUCGAUCAGCAGCAAAAACUCCAUCAACUUCACCAGUAUCAGCAGCAGCAACAACAACAACUGCUGGCACAACAGCAGUCGACCCAGCAGUCGACCCAGCAGCCUCCAGCAUCAACGCAGCAAGCUGAAAUGUCUCAACCACAUCAGCAGCCAAAUACCUCACUCGGUCAAGCCCAGGCCGUCUCUGCGGCCGGCCCAUCGUCCGCAAGCAGUGAUACAGGCGCCCAGCAACAGCGUCUCGGCACUCGUCCCACCCCUGCUCCCACCAAUCCAGGCAUCAAGGCUUCGCGAUCUGCCUCUCGAAGCUCUUCUCACAAAGGAUCGCCAGAUACCAAAGCCCGCACUGCGCGUGCGAGUGUGGGUGGCAAAGGGAGUAAAAGUGGUGCUAAAUCAUCUGCCACAGGCGCCGAUUCUGCUUCAAAAGAAGCUGAUGCGGCGUCCAAAUCCAGCAAGGCGACGACGUCGACGCUCGCCACUCCUUUGCCCGACUGGAUCAACGAUGGGAAUAUUGGCUAUGCCGAGCAGCAGCACGAACAACUCAAGAGCCAAAUCACAGCUUAUCGCACCAUUGUCAAAAACGAAGUUCUCACCCCCAGUAUCCUCAAGAAGCUAGAGUUGGAAAAAUAUCCCAUCAAACGCGCCGUUCCUGAGAUCAAGGCCCAGAACCCACAAGAGGUGGCCAUUCCACCGCCCAUCACGGAGCUAAACUUUAACCGUCCAGGCAUGGACCAACCGCUCAACAAGCAAGUGCUGCAACAGCAGUACUUGGCCAGCAUCGAUAGCCGCAUGGAAGUGCGACGCAAUGUUCUGCGUCAAUGGCGUGCUGAGCUCAAAAAUGACGUCCCGAAAGCCUGGCCGGGCCACCUUGAAAGCAAGGCUUUUUCUCUGCUGGAGGCUCUUGUGAAGCAAGUUGCUGAACACCAUAAAGCGUUUCGUGAAUUCCAUCGCGGGGUUCGACGCUCCGUGUCUUCACAAGCUCGUCAUGUGACAAACUAUCACGACAAGCGCGAACGCGAAGAGCGCAAGCGCGAACAAGAGGCGACAAAGCAGCGCAUGAAAAUGUUGAUGGAAAAGGACGAAGCAGGCUAUCGCGCGGAAAUUGCCAAGGGCAAGAAUGAGCGUCUCAAGCUCCUCCUCAACAAGACUGAUGAGCACAUGAAUCUCAUGAAGAACAUGGUUCAACAACAUCAACAAGCAGAGCGCGCCCGUCGCCGAAGCACUGCCGAUGGCCGAGACGAAGACGAUGAUGAGCCUCGCCCCACUGUCAUGGUGCCCCUGCCCAGCGAUGCCUCAGCGAGUUCCACUACGGAAGCAGGCGCCUCAGCGGAAACGAGCAUCAAGGAUGUCGAGAGCAUUGCCGAUCUCGAAGAUGAGUUUGGCGCAGGUCACAUUCUCAAGGAGAAGGUGCAGCAACCCAGCAUUCUG